CUUGACACAAUAGUAGACGUGGGCGCGGGUAAUGGGACUGCUUUGUGCUUGUUGGUUGAGGCAUGCCCUUGGAUUCGAGGCAUCAACUUUGAUCUUCCUCAUGUUGUGUCUGUUGCUCAGGAGUAUGACCGCAUUAAGAAUGUUGGAGGUGACAUGUUUGAUUAUGUUCCAAAGGCUGAUGCUGUAAUUAUCAAGUGGGUUCUUCAUGAUUGGGAAGAUGAUGAGUGCAUCCGUAUCCUUAAGAAUUGCAGGGAAGCUAUUCCUGAGGACAAAGGGAAGGUGAUAAUCAUAGAAGCGGUUAUCGAUGAAAAUGAUGAGAAAGAGGACAGCACGCUAACAAAUGUGAGAUUGAUGCUAGACAUGGUGAUGAUGGCCCAUACUAACACAGGAAAAGAAAGAACCUUGAAGGAAUGGGGAUAUGUUCUUGGAGAGGCUGGCUUUAGCCGACACACUAUUACACCGAUUCAUGCUGUCCAAUAUGUUAUUCAGGCUUUUCCUUAAAUUAGUACUAUUUCAUUGUAUUGUUCAACUUACCUUGUGGUCUUUCUCUAGUUGCGGCAUUGUCAAAAUUGUGAAGUUAAUAAUAAGCCUACUUCUCUUGCUUUAUGUA